GGAUGCAGGACGGGAAAAGGGCAGACUCCCAGCUGGGAAACCUUGGAGAUUGGGAAGCCGAACACUCCCUGUAUUACUCAAUGCAGAGUAAUAGUGGGUUGCAUUAUGUUCUAGAUAUUACACUUUACCCAGUCAGGACAUAGAGAACAUUACGUGGACAGAGGUAACGGAAUUGUGUCGAUUCGGAUAAAACCCAAGCCAGGCUUUCUAAGGCUACCAGACCUACAGAGAUGGCAAGUCACUGCUUCCACUCUCUGAUUUUCCUGGUUCUGGCUUUGGGUUUGAUUUAUGGUGAUUUCUCAGAGUCUGCUGCACACAACAACAGCCACAGGCGUAUGAGGAGAGAGUGGGUCUGGAAUAACCUGCACAUCAGGGAAAAUCUUAAUGUGACACUUCCACACCAUGUUGGAAAGAUCAAAUCAACCAUCCAGAAUCCCAAUGCAAAGUAUGUUCUCGAAGGAGAGGGCGCAGGGACUUUAUUCCGAGUCAAUGACCACACAGGAGAUGUGGCUGUGAAUGAAAGACUGGACAGAGAAAAGAAGGCCAUGUACCAACUGAAGGCCCUCAUUAUCGAUCGAAAUAACAAUCGGCAACUGGAACCACCUUCCACGUUUCAUAUCGUGGUCCUGGAUGAUAAUGACAAUGCCCCGGUGUUUGAACAAAAAGUCUUCAAUGGGUCUGUUGCAGAAAUGUCACCAUUAGGAACUUCGGUUACCAAAGUGACCGCUGUAGAUGCUGAUGACCCAACCAUUCAUGGUCACGCUGACGUUUUCUACAAAGUCAUUCAGGGGAACCAGUACUUCAGAAUAGAUAAGUUUGGGACAAUUUACACAGCUGCACCUGAUAUGGACAGAGAACAAAACUCCACAUAUACCAUUCUAGUGGAAGCAAUGGAUGGCAAGGGUCUACGUUCAGAAGAAUCAGGCACGGCUACAGUUCUCAUCCGGUUGAUAGAUAUCAAUGACAACUUCCCAACAUUUCGGCGAGAUAGCUUCACGUUUGAAGUCCCUGAAAAUAUCAGGUUAGGGGGUAAAGUUGGCAGCCUGGAAGUUGACGACAUUGAUGAGCCACAGAAUAGGCAUACAAAGUACAGUUUUGUGCAAGGGCCUUACCAAGACACCUUUGAAAUCGAACCCAACCCUCAAACAAAUGAAGGAAUCAUUCGACCCAAGAAGCCACUGGAUUUUGAAAAGAUAUCCGCAUAUAGGUUUAUUGUUGAAGCAACUGAUGCCGACAUCAACUACUCAUAUUCCCGAACAAAAGGGUCCAAAAGCCUUGCAAGUGUAACCAUCAAAGUGAUUGAUGUUGACGAACCUCCUGUCUUUGCUCAACCAUCAUACAGAUUUGCAGUAAAAGAGGAAAGUGUUACCAAAAAAUCUAUUGGAUGUGUUUCUGCAACUGAUCCUGAUAAAGCAAAACGAGAAAUAAGAUAUUCUGUUCUAAGAUCUAAGUAUUUUGAAAUAUCAACCAGUGGAUGCAUUUUUGCCACAAAACCCCUUGACAGAGAAGAAUAUGCCUGGCAUAACAUCACUGUGGCAGCCAAUGAAGUGGGUCAAAACAAUAUGGUGGUGCCUAACCUAGAGACCCAUGUACCAGUCUACAUUAAAGUUGAUGAUAUUAAUGACAAUGCACCAGAAUUUGCUGAACCGUAUGAUCCUCAUGUGUGUGAAAAUGCUGCACAAGGAAAGGUGAUCAUCCAGAUUUCUGCUGUGGACAAGGAUGAAAUGUCGCCAGGAUUGAAAUUCAAGUAUUCCUUGGUCUCUGAAGACAGCAACUUCACUCUUGUUGAUAAUCAUGAUAAUACUGUGAAUGUCACUGUCAAAUACGGACACUUUAAUCGAGAGCUAGUCAAAACCCAUUACUUGCCUAUCAUCAUCUCUGACAAUGGUUCGCCUCAGCAGAGCAGUACGAGCACCCUUUCCAUCCGUAUCUGCAAAUGUGAUGAGGAAGGCAAUGUCAUCUUGUGUGAUGAGGCCGCGAAACAACUUGGAGUCAACAUGCAUGCCCUGAUGGCCAUCUUCGUCUGCCUACUGACUGUCAUUGUGAUCAUGCUGCUUAUAGCCUGGAGGAAGAGACACAAGAAAGAUCUGAAUGUUCUCAAGAAGAAUGUGGAAGAGAUCCAUGAGCAGCUGGUGGCCUAUGAUGAAGAAGGCGGUGGUGAGAUGGAUACCAACAGUUACGAUGUGUCUGUCCUCACCUCGGCACGCCAGAGAGGAAUGAUGUCCCCGAGGAUGACCAUGGAGGCCCAGCCGUGUACCUACAGCCAAGUCCAAAAAGUCCCUGAACAUGGACUUUCAGGUACUGGAGAGAUGGGCAUUAUGAUUGAGAUGAAAAAAGAUGAUGCCGACAACGAUGGGGGUUUGCUACCCUUCGAUACUCUCCACAUAUAUGGUUAUGAAGGUGCCGAGUCCAUUGCAGAGUCUCUCAGCUCUUUGGGAUCUGGAUCUUCAGACUCAGAUAUUGAUUAUGAUUUCCUUAAUGACUGGGGACCCAGGUUUAAAAUGCUAGCUGAAAUCUAUGGGUUGGAACCCAGUGAAGACCUUACUUACUGAAUGAAUGUUGUCAACAGAUUUCCCCAACAUUUUAGCAAUAGACUGUCAGCUCAGAAGACAGGACCAGUCAGGUCUUCAUGCAUUUUCCUUACACAAAUGGCAUCUCUAGGACGCUUUCCAAGAAGGUUUAGAUCAGGGGUUCUCAAACUAUGGCCCGCGGGCCGAAUACAGCCCUCCAGGGACAUUUACCCGGCCCUCGCUCAGGGUCAACUUAAGUCUGAAACGACUUGAAAGCACACAAUAACAACAACAAUCCUAUCUCAUGAGGCAAAAGCAGGCCCACUCUUCCCAUUGAAAUACUAAUAAGUUUAUAUUUGUUAAGAUUGUUCUUCAUUUUAAUUAUUGUAUUGUUUUUAAGUGUUUUCUGCACUACAAAGAAGAUAUGUGCAGUGUGCAUAGGAAUUCAUGUUGUUGUUUUUUCAAACUAUAAUCCGGCCCUCCAAUGAUUUGAGGGACCUAGCCCUCUGUUUAAAAAGUUUGAGGACCCCUGGUUUAGAUAAUCAGGAUAAGAGAAACCAAGAAUGAAACCAGGGUCAUGGAAACAAGAAGAUAUUGCAUCUUUUAAACCCCAUUGCAUCGUGAAGGGAUUAAAAUGUCUAUUGUGGAGAUACAUUUCAUUUAAAACACAAUUGUGCUUGUCCUGUUGAGUGAAAGCCUUCUAGUUUUCCAUGCUCUGUAACUAUUCUAACUGAUUUUCAGUGAAAAUCUCUCAUUGUAUUUGUUUUCUCAAGAGACCUGUGACAAGGUGCCUUUAUUACUGUACAUACUUGAGUAUAAGCCUAGUUUUUCAGCUCUUUUUCAGGCUGAAAAAGUCCCCCUCAGCUUAUACUUGAGUGAGGGUCCUGGCAGAAAGGCGUGGGGCUAAAAGAACCCUUCUUUCAGCCCCAUAUCUUCCUGUCAGCACCCUCACCUCUCCACACAGCAGCCCAGCUGGGUCACUGUGCCAAGAGGGGAGGAGAGAGCACGCUCCUUCUUCUCCUCUCUCCCCACUUUUCCAACACCUCUUUCCCACCCAGUCUUCCCUUUUUCUAGUUUCCCCCUUUCUGCCCCAGCCUUUACUAUUCCCAGCCCCUCUCUCCCACUUUUCCAUCCCAGCAUUUCCCAGGUUCCAGCCUCUCUUUCCCGUUUUGGUCUUGCUCCUUUUCCUACCACAGUUUACCACUUUCCCAGCUCCUCUUUCUCAUCCCAGUCUUUUCCACUUUCCCAGCCCCAUUUCCCACUUCAAUCUUUCCCACUUCUCCACUUGCUCCUUUCCCACUCCAAUCUUUCUGCCUUUCUAGCCUCCCUUUUGCACCUCAGUCUUGCUCAUUUUGCAAUCUUCCUUUCCCCAACCCAAUCUUUUCCAGUUGCCCUACUUUUUCCACCUCAAUUUCCCCAGCCUUUCCCAAUCUCCACUUCACACUCUAGAUCAGGGGU